AUGGAAAAAUCGCCUGUUGACCAUCCUACACCGAUGGAUGUUGAUAAUGGGGUUUCUUCUAGUGAUAGUCAAACCGGAUCCGUAGGAACCCUCGAUCCUGAGGUUUGUAAGGAUCUUGGAAACGAUUUUUUCAAAAAGAAAAACUAUAUUUCCGCGAUAGCGGAAUACACAAAAGCAAUCACUGCGGACCCGUUAAAUGCAACAUACUUCAACAAUCGGGCAGCUGCUUUUAUGUCCAAUGGUGACUAUCGAAUGGCGUUGGAAGACUGCAAGGAGGCAGAUCGUUUACAGCCGGGUGUCGACAAAACUGUACUCCGGAUGUCGAGAAUCCUGACCUCGAUGGGUCGGCCGAAGGAAGCACUCGAACUCUUGGAUACGUACUCGUUGUCUCGGAAUGGGCAGGCACCCAAAGGAAUAUCAACUUCGGAUAGGAGCCUUCCUCAGCAGAUGCUGUCGCAUAUCCAGAGCGCUGAAUCAUCACUAUUAAGCGGAAGCCGCUCGAUGACAUUGUAUGCUCUAGACCGUGCUGAACGGAUGCUAGGGAACGGUGCCGAAGUUCCAAAAAAGUGGCGCCUAAUGCGUGCGGAAGGAAACCUUAAAAUCGGGAAUGCAAACAGUCUCGGGGAGGCGCAAAAUGUUGUGAUGUCCCUGUUAAGGCAAAAUUCAAAAGACCCAGAUGCAUUGGUCAUGCGUGGUAGAAUUCUAUAUGCACAAGGCGAGAACGCCAAAGCGGCGCAGCACUUCCAGGAAGCGUUGCGGUGUGAUCCCGACUUUAAGGAUGCAAGGGUAUAUUUGAAGCGGGCGAAAGAGCUCGAUAAAAAGAAAGAGAUGGGUAAUGAAUCAUUCAAAAAAGGCGACUUUGAAAACGCAAGGAUAUUGUAUUCCGAAGCUCUGAGUGUCGACCCUGAGAACAAAGGCACGAAUGCAAAGAUCUACCAAAAUCGAGCGAUGACUCUUGCGAAACUUAAAUGUUACGAUGAUGCUAUAUCGGAUUGUGAUGCCGCACUGAAACUCGACCCUACUUACAUCAAAGCAAAGAGGACGCGAGCCAAGGUUCUCGGCCAAGCUGGUAAAUGGGAGGAGGCUGUCCGGGAGCUUAAGGCACUUUACGACUCGAACCCACAAGAUGGUACACUUCCGAAGGAGAUCCGACAAGCGGAGCUCGAGUUAAAGAAGUCGCUGCGAAAGGACUACUAUAAAAUCCUAGGUAUCGAGAAAGACGCAAACGAGCAGCAGAUUAAGAAAGCCUACCGGCAGAUGGCAAUCAAAUGGCACCCGGACAAGAACCCGGACAACCCGAAUGCUGAUGCUAAAUUCAAAGACAUCGGUGAGGCAUAUGAGACGCUAUCAGACAUGCACAAACGUGAUCGUUACGACCGAGGCCUUGAUAUUGAGCAGGAUCCUAACGAGAUGUUUGGCGGUGGAAUGGGCGGGGGGAUCGAUCCUAGCGUGUUAUUCGCUGCUAUGGGUAAGCUAUUUGAACCAUCCCUUUAUAACCGAGAAGACCUGAAUCCCAUCAAUCUAACUGCAACUCUGACUUAA